GUCCAUAAAAAAUUGCCCUGCAGACACACUGUCCCAGAAUGCAUCUUGACAAUAUGGUCUUUGAAAAAAGCAGCGCGGCUAAUUCAAGAUGGCGGAGAUGGACCAGCUAGACGAGAGCUCUUCAGCAGAGGCGCUAGUCAGUCUGAAAGAGGGCAGUCUGUCAAAUACUUUGAAUGAGAAGCAAACAAAAGCUCACAACACAAGAGGAAGACACACCUUGGUGUCCAUGGAAACGCCCACACGGAGCUCCAAGAGGAGCAGACUGUUCAGAGAGGAGGAGGAGCAGCGCCUCCCAUCCAGAUCCCCUAGAAGGAGCCAGAGGGUCACCUCUGUACCCCAGAAGUUUGCUAAUGUGACGACCCCAGAUAAGAAAGUGUCUCAGAGAAUCGGGCUGAGGUUGAGAAACCUUCUCAAACUUCCUAAAGCACACAAAUGGUGCAUUUACGAGUGGUUCUAUUCUAACAUAGAUGGACCUUUAUUUGAAGGUGACAAUGACUUCUGCCUGUGCCUGAAAGAAUCCUUCCCCAACCUGAAGACCAGGAAGUUGACCCGUGUGGAGUGGGGUACAAUCAGGAGACUGAUGGGGAAACCCAGACGGUGUUCGUCUGCGUUCUUUGCUGAGGAGCGGACUGCGCUGAGGCAGAAGAGGCAGAAGAUGCGUAUGCUGCAGCAGAGGAAGUUUUUCGACGUGGCACACUGCAAAGACCUCCCCGACGAGAUCCCCUUGCCGCUCGUCAUAGGAACCAAAGUCACCGCUCGUCUUAGGGGAGUCCAUGACGGCCUGUUCACUGGGCAGAUCGAUGCCGUGGAUACGGGCGCUGCCACUUACCGUGUGACCUUUGACCGGAAUGGGCUGGGCACACACACCGUGCCUGAUUACGAAGUGCUGAGUAAUGAGCCCAACGAGACCAUGCCCAUCUCAACCUUCGCACAGAAACUGAGACCUUCCCGCUUCCAAAACUUCAUGACCCCUCCCAGAGUGACCUACGCCUCCGCCACCACACCAGUCCUCAUGGACAAUGAUCCCCUCAUCAGCCAGUCUCCAUGGAAAAACAAACUCCCUGGAGCGGAUGGGGACACUCUUGGAGGGUUCCCUGUCAAGUUCCUCGUCCAAGUGACGAGGCUCUCCAAGAUCCUCAUGAUCAAGAAAGAACACGUCAAGCACUUGAAGGAUAUGAACGCAGAAGCUGAAAAACUGAAGUCGUGCUCGAUGCCUAUAGGCCUAGAGUUCCAGAAGCGUUAUGCCACCACAGUACUGGAGCUGGAGCAGCUCAAUAAAGACCUGAACAAGGUGCUGCACGAGGUCCAGCAGUUCUGCUACGAGCUGGCCCCAGAUCAGGGCAUGGCUCCUGCGGACCGGCCCACAGAGCUGCGUCAGCGCUGUGAGGAGGAGGCCAAGGAGAUGGUGCAGCAGACCAACACCCUCCGUGACGACCAGCAGUGCGUCUCCAACGCCAGCCUCACUCACCUCAUCUCAGGCCUCACUGCCUUACUGCUGCAGAUCAAGGUUAGUGUAUGGUGCGCGCACACAGCAUCACAGCACUACUCUAUUUGUUUGCCUGAGCAUGUAUUUGUUUGUUUGUUCCAGUGUCUGGCUGAGGGAGGAGAUCUGAACUCCUUUGAAUUUAAAUCACUCACUGACUCUCUGAAUGACAUAAAGAGCUCAAUCGACCCCUCCAACCUCAGUUGCUUCCAGAACAACGUAGAGAUUCACGUAGCCCAUAUCCAGAGUGGUCUGAGUCAGCUGGGAAACCUACACGCCUUUGCAGCCAACAACACCAACACAGUCUGAACACACACAAAGAGCGGCCUGGUCAGCAUCAACUAAGUGGAACAUGCACACUAUCUCGAGUGACUGUGAAAGAAGAGGUCGGUUUCUGGCUACCCUGACUUUCAAACAAAAAGCCCCAACUGAAAUGAUCUGGCUCAACAUGUGGGCUGUUUCUGAGGUUGUGGGGAAAUAUCCUUAUUUUUCUCACAGCUGUCUGUCAUCCACGUUUGAUUUUAUUGUAUAUAUGUCUUUGAAAAUGACUUGUUUACUGUAAUGAACACAGACAAAAUGUCAUGUCAAACCUACCCUGGUCUAUAGACUAGACUUUGGUCACUGCAAGAAUUCACAACACAAUUUCUGUUGUAGAUUUAUUCUAUGGUCUCAUGUGCCAAACAGUACUUCAAGCAGUUUCUAUUAUAAUCCAUAUUUAUUUUUAAGAGUUGGUGAUAAAACAAGAUUUACCAUUUGGAGCUUCCCUUUGUGAGUCAAUGUUUUGUGUUCCUUUACUCCACUGGUAGUAAGCACAGGGUAGGCUAAAGAAUGUUUUGUAAAAUUGUUUAUUGUAGAUAUUUGUACAAUACCUUUGAGUACUCUGAUUUAUCGUUAACAUUUCUGUAACCUACUCAGAGAUGGCUUUUGUAAUUGUGUGCACUGAAGAGAUUUUUUUGUAUUUUUGUAAAAUGAGAAUUCUGGUUUUUGAUGCAGUUGACUCAAAUUGAUUGGCAGCCUCGAAUAAGGCAUUGUUGACGCAUCAGACUGACAUGUAACCCAAAUUCAAACAAUACUAAGGUGAUAAAUGUUUGUUUCCAGAAUUUCUGCAGUUCACUUUUUGUUUUGUAAAUCUGUAUAUGGGAAUUUGUACAUAUUCCUUGCUCUCAUUUUAUAUUAAACAUAUAGCCAAGAAAACUCA